CCGAGUGGCAACAACAACAACAGCAACAGCAACAUGCAAUAAAACAGCUGAUAGAAACAACAACAACACCACCAGCGGCAGCAGCAACAACAAAGGCUGCCAUUAUCAGACGAGCAACAACAGGUCGCGAAAAAAGCGAAAAAAAAAAAAAACAAAAUCAACAGAAAUAAAAGCCCGCCUGCUGCAGCACUCACACCAUCGAGACAAAUAAAAAAACAACAACAACAACAAAAAAGAGAAGAGCGGGUGUGAGAGAGGAGCGAGCCGCACACCUUUACGUUGAUUUUGGACGCUCACUAGCACUGGCGCUCUCCACCUCUCUCUCUCGCACAAAGUGCAGCUGAGCUGGCCGUAGCUGCCGUAGCCGCCGCUGCCGCCGCCGUCGCACUUGCCGCUGCUGCCACAACCCAACGCUCGCCUCUGCCGCCAACCGCCAGUCGAAAGUCAAAAGCAACGUGUUGUGGACGCUUUUUUCGUCGCGUUGCCGUUGCGUUGCGUUCGCUUUUCAGCCUGCGGCCUCCCUCUCUCUCUUUCCUCCUACCACCACCACCACCACCACCAUACCACCAUCACUGGCAGCACCACCCACUAAAAACCGCCAGCACCACCACCACCACCACCGCCUCUCUUCCCCCAUCCCUGGGAAACUUUCACCACCAGCAUGUCCAGCAGCGCAGCCGCAGCGCAGUUCAAGCUCGAUGCCAACUCCAAUGCCAUAGCGUUGAUUGCCUCAGAUGUUGCCUCUGUUGCGUCGCUGCCCCUGCCUCUGCCGCUGCCGACGUCAUCCCCACCAACUGCAGCAACGCCAGCAGACCGCAUCGAAUGGUCCCGUGCCACGAUCCUGAGCUUCAUCGAGGACUAUCGCCGGCAGCGCGUCCUCUGGGAUCCCAACACCAAGGGCUACCACAUCAAGCAGACCAAGUACGAGGCCCUCAAGCUCCUCAGCUCCAAAUACGGCACCGAGAUCCGUUCGAUCCGCUCCAAGAUCAAGUCGCUGCGCAGCUCCUUCCAUCGGGAGCACGGCAAGGUGCUGAGCGGACGCAACCGGGGCGUCCACUACCAGCCCAUGUGGUUCGCCUACGAGGCGAUACGAUUCAUCCUGGACGGAGAGCGCGAUCAGGUGACCCCUGACCGGGACAACGACCAGGAAACGGAGCCCGACGAGAAGCUGGCUUUGAUGCACAGCCUGGAUCUGGAGCAACUGAAGGUGGACAGCAGCGGGCAGCACAAAGUGGAGCAGCAGCACGAGGAGCUGGCCGCCCGCUUUGCCGCUACAGUGGCGGCUGUGGCAGCUGCCGCUGCUGCCGCCAAUGCCAGGGAUCGGGAGCGGGAGCGAGAAGCGGACACCGCCGACACCGACCGCGACAUGGACAUGGAGGCUGGCGAUCUCGAGGAGGCACCUGGAGCUGGUACUCUACCCGAAUCCUCCUCAGCGGCUGUGACACGUUCCUCUUCCGAUUUGGAUGGCGAAAAUUACUGCAAUAUCAGCGCCGAAGAUGUGAAAACAGAAAUUAUCGAACACGAAUCGGAUCUGGGGAUGCUGGAGCGGCGGACGUGCACGCCGUCGCCCAUAAAUUACUACAAGCCGACGGAUCUGACCUACAACCACCGCAAACGCAAGGCGCUGCCGAUGGACGAAGGCAGUGGGGGUGGUGCUGCUGGUGGUGGUGGCAUGGAACACGUUGUGGGCGCCCUGACAUUGACGCCGAUCAAGGCGGGAGGCAUACCGGCAGUGGGCGGAUCCACCGGGCAGCAGAUGAACCACAGCCAGCUCGCAUUUCAGGCGCUCCAGCAGCACUUCAACCACAGCCACAGCCACAGCCUGAGCAUUAGCCAUUGCAACGGUGGGCAGGGGCAGGGGCAGAACCACCAUAGCAACCACACUCAUAACCACAACCACAACCACCAGCAUCAGCAUCAGCAGCCGUUGCAACUGCAGCAACAGCAACAGCAACAACAACAUUCCAGUAACAUGGCACAAAAACGUGAUCGUGAUCGUGAUCUCUCAACGUCGACAACGUCAGGCACUACCAAUAAUAAUAACAACAACAACAAUACCACCACCAACAACAAUAGUAGCAACACCACCAGCCCCACAUCUCUGGAUGCAAUUGCAGUGUCCAGUACUUGCAACAGCGGCACCACACCCCCAAAGCCACUCAACGGGGGCGGCGGCCUGAGUGCCAAUCAUGUGGACGAGUACGGCGUAUUCGGGGAGUACGUGGCCAUCACCAUCCGCAAGCUGAAGACGUCCAAGUCGAAGAUUGUGGUGAAGCACUUGAUCAACAAUCUGCUGUACGAGGCCGAGCUGGGAAAGUACGAUCACGGGAUACCGGCCACCAAGGAGCCACCGCAGCUCUACAAGAUGCAAUAGUAACUAAAACUAAGAAAAAACAGAAAUAUAUAGGGAAAUUAGCCAGGUUAGGAGGUACUACUAGCCAAAACAUAACAUAAGUGAGAGACACCAAGAAGAACGCACUAGUCAGCAAAGCAACAAUGGGCCGAGGAACCAGAGCCAACAAUUCUAAGCCUUCGCGGGGGGAGGGAAGCAUUUCAUUCAGGGACAAAGACCAUAUAAGUACUUUAUAUCUUUAUACAAAAAAAAAUAAUAAUAAUAAUAAUAUAUAUAUGAAACGAUAUCAGUGAGAGUGGAGCCAAGAAGUCAGUCAACAAAUCGAAAAGGAGUGCAACAUUUUGAAGCCGAAGGGUCGAAACAAACAUACCAUUAAUUAAAUUGAAUUAAUUAUACAUGAUACGUUUACCCAUAUACAUAUACGUAUGUAAACUAAUUUUUAUUAUCGUUUUUUUGAUUUCACCAACGUUAUACAUACUAUAUAUAUAUAUUUUUGAUUUUCGUUUUAUUUAGUAUAUUUUUACAUUUUGGCAAUAACACUUUGAACUCAGGUGCCUUUAUUUUUUUAGUCAAUUAAGCCUUGUUAUCUUAUGCAUAAAUACCAACAAGAAAUAUACAUAUAAAUAUUAAAAAAAAAAAAAAGAAACCAAUCUAAUUGUAAUGCAAAUAAAUGAAGCCGUAACAACAUGUAAAUUUAAUUAACUUUUUUAUCGCAUAUGUAAUGAAAUUCAUAUGCAUAAUCCUUAUCGUGUAAAUAGUCUAAAAAAACCAAUAUAAAAUAUGUUAAAAAUAGUGAGAGAAUAAUGAAACAUGAAAUGUGCAAAUCUUAAUUUUUGUUAUGCAUAAUUAAUUUGAUCGAGCUGCUGAUUGCUCCAAAUAAAAAUGCAGAAAUGUUGAAUUUCAUUUUGAAAAUGAUCAA